AUGAUGGUGUGGGCCAGCCCCCCCGCCUCCAUGAAGCCCCCCUCCUCACCAGCCCCCCUGGGCAGCGAGAGACCCCCACCCAGCAGCACCCAGACUUGGGGGGCUGGCGGGCAGCCCCCCAACCCUGCCAGCAUCUCCCGGAGCCUCCACCUGCACCGCCAGGAGCGAGAAGCCUUCUUCAGCCUGCUGGAAGACAAGGUGGUGCAGGAGUUCCUGUCGACGGAUGUUUGCUGCAGGGUUUCCGAUAAGUACCUGCUGGCAAUGGUGCUGACGUAUUUCAAGCGUGCCGGCCUGCCCACAAGCGAGUACACCCGCAUCAACCUCUUCACUGCCCUGUACCUGGCGAAUGACAUGGAGGAGGACGAGGAGGAGCACAAGUACCGGAUCUUCCCCUGGGCGCUGGGCCACCGCUGGCGCCGGCUCUUCCCCCGGUUCCUCCAGCGUCGCGACCGUCUCUGGGCCCGGAUGAGCUACCGGGCGGCUGUCAGCCGGCACUGCUGCGAGGAGGUGAUGGCGACGGAGCCCUCGCACUGGGCCUGGCUGCGGGAGCGGCCCCCCCACCACAGCGGGGCCACCCGCCCCCAGGAGCUCAGGAGAGUGACGGGAGGGGAAGCGGCCGCUGAAGUGCCACCGCCGCCGGGCCGAGCCUUCGCCCUGCGGCACCUGCCGGGGCGCCGGGUACCCGCUGCCCUCCUGGAAACGGGGUGA